CUUAUGUUCAGUCUGUUGCCUCCGCUCCACUUUUCUCUCUCUCUCUCUCUGUAUGACCACCUCUCCGUCGAUCACUCCUGCACCUGUCCAGUCGUCCGUCAGCAGCAGACUGUUCUUCUGAUGGAACUGAAGCUCAAACCGUGAAGACACAAGACAUCUGUUAUUAUUGUCAUUAUUAUUAUUAUUAUUAUUGUUAUUAUUAUUAAUGAACAGCUGGACUGUGACAUUUGAGGACAAAAUAUUUUAAAAGUAAAAAUAUAAAAAUCAGGCAGAGAUGGGAUUCGCCGACCUGCUGGACGAGGUGGGUGGUUUCGGCAGGUACCAGUGGAUCCAUGUGACUCUGAUCAGUUUACCUGGUUUGUUGAUGGCGAGUCAGAACCUGCUCAACAACUUUGUCUCAGGAAUCCCUGCCCACCACUGCCGCCUGCCGGCCAAUCACAGCCUCUACAACCUGUCGCUCUACCAGGUGGAUGAGAAGCAGCUGCUGAAAGCGUUCAUCCCUCUGGACUCUUCAGGAAAUAGACUGCACCGCUGCAGGAGGUAUGUGGAGCCUCAGUGGCAGCUGUUAGCCGCUAACAGCUCAGCUAACGUUAGCCAGCUACAGACUGAAGACUGUGCGGAUGGAUGGACGUUCGACCGCUCUGAGUUCCUCGCCACCACCGUCUCAGAGUGGGAUCUGGUCUGUUCCCUGCGCCCUUUGAAGCAGAUGAUCCAGACCAUCUAUAUGGGUGGAGUUUUAACAGGUGCCAUCAUCUAUGGCGGCCUGUCAGACAGGUUCGGGAGGCGGUCCGUCCUGAUCUGGUCAUACCUGCAGCUAGGUGUGCUGGGCUGUAGCUCCGCCCUCUCUCCUUCAUACUCCACCUACUGCAUCUUCAGGUUUCUGAGUGGUAUGGCAGUGUCCGGAGUCAUCCUCAACGGAGUCUCACUAAAGGUGGAGUGGAUCCCGACCAAAGCCAGGACGUUAGUGGGCACGCUCACCUCUUUCUUCUUCACCUUUGGUCAGAUGAUCCUGGCGGGGCUUGCCUAUUGGCUGAGAGACUGGAGGAAGCUGCAGGUGGUCGUCUGUGCUCCUCAGUUCCUGUUCUUUGCCUAUAGCUGGUGGUACUCAGAGUCCGCCCGUUGGUUGGUUCUCAACCGUCGGUCUGAGGAUGCAUUAAAGAGUCUUCACCGAGUAGCUCGAAUCAACGGGAAACCAGAAAUGAUUGACAAGUUAACGCUGGAGGUGCUCCACUCUCACAUGAAUAAGGAGAUGGAGUCGAGUCGUUCAUCGUUCACAGCGUACGAUCUGCUGAGGACCAGAGGGAUGAGACGCAUCUCCAUCUGUCUCAUCGCUGUUUGGUUCUCCACCAGUUUUGCAUACUAUGGUUUGGCGAUGGACCUGCAGAAGUUUGGGGUGAGUAUCUACCUGAUGCAGAUCAUCUUUGGAGCUGUAGAUUUUCCUGCCAAACUGUUUGCACUGGGCAUGCUCAGUUACCUUGGGAGGCGGGUCUCUCAGGCCACCUGUCUCUUCCUGUCGGCCCUCAUCAUCUUCGCCAACAUCUUUGUCCCCACAGACAUGCAGACCAUCAGGACCACAUUGGCGUGUCUUGGUAAAGGUUUCACCUCUGCGUCCUUCACCACCGUCUACCUGUACACCGGAGAGCUCUACCCCACCGUCAUCAGACAGACGGGAAUGGGCUUUGUCUCCACGAUGGCGAGAGUUGGCAGCAUGGCGGCACCCGCUGUCCUCAUCCUGGAUGAGGUACUCCCUGCUCUGCCUAGUAUAGUGUACGGGGGCGCGGCCGUGUUGGCUGGAUGCUUCGCCUGCUUCCUGCCGGAGACGCUGAAUGUCCCGCUGCCUGACACCAUUGAGGACGUAGAGGAGAAAUGGUCUGGAAUUAGCCCCGCCCCCCGACAGAAAGAGGAAGUGACUUUACAGGGGGGCGUGGUCUCCAGUGAUGACGCCAUGUCAAAGGAGGUCAUGGCUUUAAAAGAGCUGAAGGAAACAGAAGGGACCGGCCUUAAUGCCCUUUGACCAAUUAGACACUGCCACAUCACAGCGUCAGAGCCAAUAGGAAAAUAAAGAAUUCUGAUUUCCUGAUACUGAGCAGGUUCAUGUUCUGACACCAAUCUGAAUUAUUUACACUUUCUGGCCAUUCAGUUCUCUGAAUACUACAUUACCGAUGAGCCUCAGCUGCACCGUCACCAUGGUUACUGAAUUCAUCCACAGCUGAUUAAGAACUUAAAACUGAAUUCAUUUAAGCUGCAGAUUGUUUUUAGAUAUUUAGCUUCAGUCCUGAUUUUAAUCAAUAAAAUGAUCAAAGAA